AUGGCCAUGCCAUCGCAGGACCAGUUAGCGGCGCCCACUACUGAUCCAGACCAAGCAGCACGCCUCUUUCAGUGCAGCACGUGUAAGCGCUCUUUUACCAGAGCAGACCACCUCACACGGCAUGUGAGAGCGCACACUAAAGCGAAACCCUAUGUAUGCCCUGUUUGCUCAAAAGGCUUUGCUAGAAUCGACUUGCUCAAGAGACAUGUCAGUAAUCAUGAUUCAAGUUCUACCAACAAACGACAACGGCGAGAAAUUGCUCGCGACACUAGAGUAGUGCAAGCUUGCGAGGCUUGUUCUCAAAGUCAUCUGCGAUGCGAAGACGAUAAACCGUGUAGCCGAUGCAAGAAGAAGAACAUUCCUUGCCAGGUGCCUGAGGUUUCUACCAUGGAUGACAAUGAGAGCAAUGAACUCGAUGCUGUCCACGCCGCACAAGAUCUGCUUGGCCUUUCGACAGGCUUUGAAUAUCCAUCCACUAUGCCUAAUAUGGACGAGAACGUGACUCAGCCUUCGACACUGAGGCUGAGUACACAGAACACCCCUUUAACACUGGUGAUGGGCGUUCACCAUCCUCAAGACCAUAUCACUUUCCCAUCAACCACGUCCACGGUUCAUGGAAACCGGGAACCCUCCCGAACGCUGGAGCAAGGUGAUCGUGAGCGGUCAUCGAUCAUGUCUAACAACGCUGUACCUAGGGACAGCAUUGUAUUAAACCAACCGUAUACAGGUGAUGCAGCGGACCACCAAUCUUUCUUCGAUGGACCCGAUUCAAGCUUCGGUAAUACGCCGUCCAUUGAUCCGUUCCUACCCGAGCACUUUCGCAAUAUGCCUCCCUUUGAGGCCUACUUUUCUGGUCAGGCUACACCUCGUGGUAUCAUGGACCUCAGCUUUGACUUGGAUAUCGGUCUUACCGACAUUGACCUCGGCUUGUUAGACCAGUACAACUUUCAGAUACCAUUCACAGCGGGAACACCGUCAACCGAUGCACAAGGGCUCGAGCAACAGCUCUCCGAGAACGACAAUGCCCCAGUCAGGAGCGAGGCUUUCAAGCAAAGUAUUUGGCGCUAUCUACCACAGCGAAACCAAAACUAUGUAGCACAAGAACAGCACAAUUUGGCUUUUGCGGACGCGCAUAAAGACAACGGCCGCCGCGCGCAUAUCACUCAACGCCGAGUAGUUGCGGAAAAGCUGAAUCGUUCUAGCCGUGACAGAUUGCUGGCCCUUGUACUAGGAGCAUGUGGCCCGGCAAACGUCCAGCGCAUAGCCUCUGCCUUCCCGAGCGUUGAAUUGCUUGACAGCCUUAUCCAAUACUUCCUUACCUCGCCAUCUAUCGAUGCGCAAUCAUGGUUCCAUUUGCCAACGUUUUCUCCCUCCAAGCUGAGCCCACAUCUACUUGCGUGUACAAUAGCUACCGCUGCCGCUACAACCCCAGAUGUGCCUUUGCGGAAACUUGGUUUCGCGAUGCACGAAGCAGCUAGGAUCGCCCUUUCCUCCGCGUUUGAGUACGAUAAUACCGCAAUUAGGGAUUUUGACCAUGUGCGAAUUUUUCUUGUUGAGCUCGAACUCGGAAUGUGGAGCGGUAUCAGUCGCAAGAUGGAAAUCGCAGAGAGUUUCUUCCAGGCGUUGUUGACUAUGCUUCGACGUGGUGGUCGUUUUCGGCGAUCGACAUGGAAAGAACUGCUGCCUGUGGUGGAGGAUCAGGGAGCAGAACUUGAGACAAAGUGGCAAGAAUGGGUAGGCCAGGAAUGUUUCCUGCGCAUGGUCUACCGUACUUUUGAGCUUGACAGGCAGUCCUCGAUGGCUCUGCUGAAGCCGCCCCUGAUCUCUUACGCGGAAAUGCAGCUGCCCUUGCCUAGCUCAAACCUUCUUUGGCACGCCAAAUCGGCCGUCGCAUGGAAAUCUGUCCAUCUGGGUAUGGUACACAACAUAAUGAAACGACCGUCGGCAAUAGACUGCCUUUCGGACCUUGAUCACCUGGCUCGGCAUGAGAGUGCAAGUACAACAUACCUCUACAUGAUGUGGGGUAUGAUCUGGGAGUAUCGCCAAAUGAGUGCACUAUCGGCCAAAUCGUCUUCCCAGACAAACAACAACCUCAUUUUGUCGUCGCGCUAUCAAGAGCUGGUCAAGAAGCUCGAAGACUUUCGGGUCAGUAGCCUUCACUUGAGCAAAAGUGCGGAGAUGACGAUGGAGCUUAUGCUUGUGCAUUUGAAUGCACCUCUAGAUGACAUCCAGCUUUUCGCGGGUAUUGAGGGACAGGAGGAAGCUCGAUGCGCAUACCCAAUACUACGGGACUGGAUCAAAACUGAUUCGGCCCGUCAAGCAUUGUGGCAUGCUGGUCAGAUCCUCCGCGCUGCCGAGAGUCUGCCCAAGGCUUUGCUCUGCAACUUCAACGCCGUCGCUGUUUACCAUGCUGGACUCAUCCUAUGGGGCUACGGGUUUCUUAAACGACUGACCUCCAAUGAACUCACUCCAAACUCAACUCCACAAGCAGUCGUCAUCCUCAACGGGACCGAUUCCCUGAGUGCUCGACGAUUCAUUACCAUGGAUCGAGGGUUACCUUCAAUAAGAAGUCCGACUUCGCAGGCUACCACACAACUCAGUGAUGUGUGCGGAGUCAUGGAUGGGUUGGUUCGUUUACUUCGUGCGCCUCACGAUACCAUAGAAGAGUGCCCGCCGCUUGUGGGGAAUUUAGUGCAGCUGCUAGAGGGGUUGCGCAUCGCUACCAAAUGA